AUGCGUCCCCUUUCAACUGCUCCAUUGCUCAGGCAGGCCAGCACCUGCACCUACCCGGCCACAAUUUAUGAGGUUGAAGGUGAAUCAAAGGAAUUGAACACUAAAAUUCCGCAGCCACCGAAGGCAAGUGAAAGUCCAUGGAUUUUCCGAAAUUUCAUGUGGAACUUGUGGCUCUUUACGGAAAGCGACUUUUCCACAUUUGUUGGUCCUAACAGUGCUUUUGGGAUAUUUGGAGCUCUGGCUGGUCCACUCCUUCUAAAGAAUGCCGACGAUCCUCUCACUGUGCUUUCUCGAGUCCCGAUGGUGAUACUUUUCAAUUGGAGCAAUUUGUUGAUCUUCGACCUGGCAAACCAACGCCUACCCGAGUCCGUUGAAGAGGACCGUUUAAACAAGCCUCAUCGUCCUCUGCCCUCGGGCCGGAUGACGCCGCUUAAUGUGCGUCGACUUCUUCUUGGUUCUUUGCCGAUUGUGUUUACAGUCAACUAUUUGCUCGGUCCCUGGGUUGAAACGUCACUUUUGUUCAGUCUGACUUGGAUGUACAAUGAUCUAGGGGGUGGUGAUGAAGACUUCAUUCUCAGAAACCUCAUCAUUGGCUUCGCUUUCGGCUUGUACAACGCAUCCUCGCUCAAAAUAGCAGGUGGAGCGAACUCGACAAUCAAUGAGCAGGGUGUUAUGUGGACGGCGAUCAUCAGCUCAGUCAUCUUUACAACCAUGCAUUCUCAGGACAUGAAAGAUCAGAAUGGUGAUCGAAGCCGUGGAAGAAGGACAGCUCCCAUUGUUUUGGGUGAUAUUGCGGCUCGUGGUACUAUUGCGAUCCCAAUUGCUGUGUGGUCUAUCGUUUGCCCGUGGUUUUGGCAGACAAAAUUUGAGGGAUAUAUCCUAACCGUUCCACUGGGAGCAUACAUAAUCUGGCGUCUUUAUACCGACAGAACCUUCAAGGGAGACCGGGCAUCGUGGAAACUAUGGACACUCUGGACUGCUCUUUUAUACAUGUUGCCAACAGUGAAGCAAAUUUCCUCGCUGUAG